CGGGGCCUCGCGCGAGCCGGCGGCCGGCGCUGGAGGAGACGGGGAGAGAGCGAGAGCGCGCUGCAAGAUGGCGGCGGCGGGGCCGGAGCCGGGGGACAGCGGAGGCGGCGGCCUGGGGGAUCUGAGAGAGUUGAGAGUUCAUUGUCACCCUGGCUUCAGGCCCCUCCCUGACAUCCACAGACAAAAGAAUCGCUCUCAAAAUGGCUCAGUCACUUCUGUGGGCAGGAAAAUCCUCCCGACACCUCUGCGGUGAGCUGAGAGCAGACUCCUGAGCCCUUGCUGGAGGUGUAACACACCUUCGAAGCCUCAGCUCCCACCCUCCGAUUCCUGCAAGGGGGACAAAGCCUUCUUGGGCCCACCUCGCUGAGACCAAGCACGCGGGAGGAAAGAUCAGUUUAUUAAACAGAAACAUCUGAAUGGCUCAUCAUCCUCGAGCUUAAAAUAGGACAUCAGAUGACUUCGAGUCUUGUCUCUGUUGUAAAAGUCUCUUCUUCACAAACGUUAAUGGAAUCUGAGGAGGCCUCAGUGGGUGUCGAAGGUCGGCAGCGUGAGCUGGGUCCCGCUGUCACCGCCCCUGCUGGGAGCACACCGGUGGCUGUGGGAACUGCUUGUGGUGCCCCGGCACUGGGCAAAGCUGCCUCGUCUUCAAGAUGGAGACAAAAGAUUGCAGUUGAGAGAACAAAGAUAAGCACUGGCUUGUCUGAAUAAUGACAAACGCGUCUGUCUUCCGACAGCUCAUCCAGCGAAGCAGUGGCUAGAAAGCAAGUGAGAGCCGUGCGGUUUGGUGGGGGCACCAGUGACCCGUAGUGCCGUUUCCUGAGCUGUGUCUGAAUUUCCCUUUGGAAAGUAAAAGCUGCUUCUCCAUGUCGUUAAAGUGCUGCUGGCGCGGGUGCCCCGCGAUGGAGAGAGCGAUGAGAGGCGCGAGCCGCUCGCGUCCUUUCUCGGUCGCCGUGUGAGCGCAGUGAUUAAACGUGUUACCUCGCCACGUCCCCGCAGGCUCUGCCUUGUUUAAAACAGAGUGCUCCCGGGGCAGAGGGAUCCCUUACGCCUGACCUACAUUUUAUUCUCCUGGAAAAUGAUCGUUUGUCUUCCCCGAAACCCGGAGUGCAGUGCAGCAGGCUGUGUCGGUCCUGGUGCCUUUGAGCGAGGCCCUCGGCCUCGGUGCUGCCCUGGGACAGGGGCUGUUUCUGCAGCACCCCUCAGCAGUAUUCGCAGGAUGAGCUGGAGAAGGAAUGCUUUAGCGUUUGCUGUAAAGGUUUGUAUCCCCAAAGUCGGUCUGAUAGCCCUAAAGCUGCCUCUGAAAUCCGCCAGCACCAUGGAAAAUCCAGCGACUCUGCGUUUCUUGUGUAGGUGCUGCUGUUGGGGAGCAGUUUAAGUUUUGAAUCGUUGCAAUGUUCUCGUGGAAAGGUGUCGUAAUGCCGAGCUGUAAAACCGGUGGGCUCGGGCCAGCUGCGGGAUUGGUUUCCAGAUGGCAGAACCUGUGCCAGCGGGUCCAGCUGCGUGGGAGCGGGGGUCUCUGGGCCCCUGCAGGCUGCGGGAAGGAGUUUCCAGCAGGUAUUCCAGGGAAUGCUCUUGUCUGAGGGCUCAUCGAUUCGCAGGUGCUAAACGCCUUCAGCAAAUACUGCAGCCUGCCCCGGAAUGCGGCUGGGAAAGCUGAGAUCCUGUCACUCCUCCUCCCCUGGGAUAUUUUUGCUCUGAAGCAUCAGGAAAAGCAAUAAAACGAGUACUCCGCAGUCCGGCAGCUCGCUGGGCUACGUUGGCGGUGCUGAGACGUCAUCUGCGUCUGCUUCAUUUCCAACCCCUGUCUUUUGGGGGGAGCAGAAGGGCGCAGCUCAGGCCAGAGGGUUGGUGUUGGGCCAGGGACGGUGGGGAAGGAACGCAGAAGGGUCUGGAGCAGGUGGCGGAUGCUUCUUGCUCCCUGCCCUUUUCUGCCGACACCGUCGCAGCCCCAGGCCGUGGAACGGCGUGGCUGGUCUUCCCUCGCUGUCCUGAGAACCGGUGGGAGUGCAGGGUGUUUUUUGGGUUGUCCUCUGCGGGGCACGGGAGUGAAGACCUCGUGAAGUCCCGAGGUCAUCUGCCGACCCUGCUCCGGUGGAGAGGUAACCUGCUGUCAGUCGAGACGGACCCGUGCCUCCAUGCACCUUCAGGAGGGGUUUUGUUUGGCAGUGCUCCUGUUCCCACUCAUCUUUGGUCAAGCUGUGCUGGUGAGAAACGAAGGGAAAUGGGUUUCUUCCCAGCCACGGUGGCUUCUGCUGGGUUUGGAUUAGCGCUCCCACACACUCACCGCCAUGAAGCGUGCCUGUGCCUGGGACUGCGGGGACAGCCGUGCCAGCCCCCAUGGUGAAACACCGGGAGGAUGUCAGCAGCCCCCAGGUGAUGGGGAAAAGCUCCAGCCCCAUCCUUCUGGGGAGUUGUGCCCACCCCUGCCAGCCUAGGGCAGCACGGAGGACAGAGCAGGCUGCUUUUUCAUCGAUUUCUAGCUUUGUAUGGGUCCCUACAAAGUGCUGGGGACCUUGCACUGUGCAGUGGGGAGCUGGCCUGUGUGUGCGGAGGCCAGGGUUGGAUUCUGCCCGGCCUCCUGGAGUAAAAAGCUUCGUUGCUCCAGGUUGAGUAUGCCGACCUCCCCAAAAAGCUUGAAGAGAGCUUGAGGACGCAUUUGCUGUUCCUGCAAAACAGCAAGAAGAGCCCAGAUAAAAUUACCCAAGUCUGCAUCUUCCAUAUCUGUCUGGGCUUCUUCCCAGCAAGUCCCCUGCUCGCUGCGGCGUCCACGUCAGCAGAAUCGAGUAACUUCAGGAGCGUCCCGCGCCUCCAUCAACAGGCUUGUGAAACGAGCAGAGGAGAGGAAGGGAGACGCACUGAUCCGGGGCAGUAACGUCGGCGGUGCGUGCAUGAGCUGGGGCUGCCGUCUGCUAGCAAACGGUGGCAGCAGAGAUACCCCCAGCCAAGGAGCCUGCAGCGAGCACGUAGGAGCUCUUUGUCUAGAGGCCGAGUUCACGAGCUCUCCUGAUGCAUUUGGUUUAAUGUUCUUAACAUCGUUUAUUGGAACAAACCUAUCGAUGCAGAGAGCUUCAGAACAUUACUCACCGCUGGCUUUCUGGCCAAGCUCGAGAGUCUGCGAGUGUUUUGUUAUCCCCAGGGGCCGUGCAGGCAGGGGCCGCUUCCAGUGCCAGUGGUCCCUGUGGGGUCUGCCCUGGGCCCCAGCUCGGGCCCGACUGCUGCAGCUUUUCAGAGCAGCCCUCACGGAGGUGGAUGGGGUAUUUGGGCUCCUCCGGAGCCACGGGAGGGUUUUUGUCGUGCGUGGCUUCUGCAGGAAGGGGUCUCAGUCAGGAGCGAGGCGUUCUGCUUGUGGAGUUUGGAUCUCAGCUAGGGAAAAUAGGAUUUCUUUUUGUGCUUUCUUGGGAAAAAUAUCUGCUCUUUCUUUGAGUAGCUGAAGUAUCAGUUCCCUGUGUAACCUCUUUGUUUUUCCUUGUAUAGAUCUCAGCUUUUUGUGCUGCUCGGUGAAGUCAUUUCGAAGAGGUAGACGGAUUGCAUAAAGCAUGGUUUCCUCCUCUCCGGUAACCAGCAGCAAAAUGCCACCUUACAUAACUGUCUUGGCUUGCGAGGACUGACAGAACUUGGUGUUUUUCUCUAAACAAGCUCAGAGGAAGGCUGCUCCCCCCUCAACCCAAACUGCUGUUUACUGACACGUGCUGUGGAAGUGCUCUCCUGACACCGUGGCGGCUCCGUGCCUCUGCGUGCGUGCCGGCAGCGCUGCUGCAGCCGGGUUUUCUGCUCUCAGCUCUUCCUGGCCUGUGCUUUGCAGAGAAGCAACUUCCCUGCUGUGUCCGUUUGCUGUCCCGGGGGACUGAUCCCGACAGGCUUUUUGGGGGUGGCAGGUGUAAAUGUGCAUCGGAGCAUCCCAGAGCAGGCGGCGAGCCGUGGCGUGGGGCUGCUCUUCUGGUGCUCCCCGCUUUUGAGCACCCAAAGCGGUACCUUUCUGGGGAGAACCCGGCUUUUUUUUUUUUUUUUUUCUAACUGUAGCCUCUCCCAUGCUGGCUGCUUGCUGGGGUGAGACAAAACCCUAAAGUUAGCAGGAGGACGGAGGAUGAAAGGGAGUGCAUGCCGGUGUGACGUGUCCUGGCGCUCGGCUGGCCCCGCUCAGGCGCUGGAUAGCUGGGCUGAUGAUGUGUUUGGGUGUGCUAGCGUUUUCACUUUUUAUUUUCGUCUAAAACACAGCUAAAAUUCGUCUGAGUGGAGUGGCUCUGUUUAAAAAUAGAGCCGAGCGGGUAUUUGUCCCGGCUGUAGCAAAUUAGCAUGCUCGUGUGCUAGACAAACGAGUGAAGUGUGAAUCUGACCUGUGUGCCUUGUUCCGUGCUCUGCUCAGCAAAGCGUUUGUCCAAACCAUUUGACGAGGUGCCAUCAUCACAGCUUCUGUUGAGCUUUUCUUCUAGUAUUUAUUCCCUAGAUGUAUGAAUAUCUGGUCUGUUGCUGCUGAAAAGGCUCCCGGCAGCUAAGGCUGGAGGAGGGCAGACAGCCAUUGCCUUGGCUUCGUUCCGCUUCUGUAAACGGCUCCAAGGAAUGCUCGGAGACUGCCCGUAGGGAUCGGCCCCACCGUCACGAGCGAGAGAAAAAGGAAACUUUUAGGGACAUAGUGAAUUUGGGUUUGGACAGGACCAGCUAACCUUGCUCUGUUUCCUUUGUCUAGAAUUAACUGCUUGGAUCCCUUAACUGCUUGUGGUGCUGCUGGGGAUGAGCCAGGCGGGCUCUGGGACACGGGCUCUUUGAACCGAGGCUUGGUUUGCGUUCUCCUCUUAGUGCUUGCUUCGUGUGAUGAAGGCAGUGUGGCAGAGAUCUGCUCUGCUGCGGGUCCUCUGGUGAGGGAGCUGUAGUUAAAUCCUGGUGGAAUACAGCCUCGCAUGGAUGAUUAAAUAUUAACACAGCUAAUCUCCAAGGUGAUGAGGCUGGUGGUGCUGCUUCAGGAUUGCUUGAAUCUUGGGGCUUUUAGUGGUUUCAAUUUACAUAAUUACAGAUACUUGUUUAAAAAAGAAAAGAAAAGAUGUAAUUGCUGCUGAACAAGUGCUGUAUCAUAGUGCCCGGGAUGUUUGCCCUAUCCCUGCAUCCCAACUGAUCUUGGCAAGUUGCAUGGUUGGACUUGGUGAUCUUGAAGGUCUUUUCUGACCUAAAUGAUUCAGAUUUCAAGGCCAAAAGCCUUGAGGCAACGCAGUCUCCUGUGCUGGAAGGGGAUGGAACUGAGAUCUGUAGGCUCCGGGCUAGGACAGGGGCUGAGUUCCACCUGCGGCGCAGGGCCGGGGCAGGAGGAGCACCCGGCGCGGGGCGCCGCGGCCCGUCAGGACAAACCGCCUGGUCUUCAAAGGGAGACAGAGGUGGCAGGACAGCUGGGGCAGUCCUUCUGUGCUUUGCUUAAUAAAAUGCGUUUGUUGUGUUGUUUUUUUUUUUCCUUGUUUGCUUGUUUAAUAUGUAUUGAAAUGAGAACUUUGAUCAUCCGAUAAGGGGAUCAGAAGGCUGCUGGAUUUUGCUGUUAAGUGCCUCCGUUCCUUUUGCUGAAAUGCAAAUUCUGCUUGAUGAAAUGGCAGCAUGAGGCUGUCCGCAGCCGUGGAGGGGCUGUGCGGGCGGUGGGUGGGCGCAGAAGCGCCGCGAGGGCUGCGCGUGGCAGCGCUCAGCCUGGCAAAACAACCGCUGGCCCCCGGGCAGCGUGGUGCACUGGCAGGGGUGGAGGUACAGGCCCCAGGGCUGCUGGGGUCCCCAGGGGUGCUGGGGUCCGGCCAGGCCGAGCGGAUGCCAGCCCGUCGCUGUGCUGCCGUGUGGGCACAGGCAGGGUCUGGAUGGGUGAGCGGUAAGAGGAAUAGCAUUUCCUUGUGGCUUGACAAAAACCCUCUCUGUUGUAAGGGGAGAAGCUGGGAAGAAAUCAAACAUGAGUCAGUGCUUUUCAGACGCCUGAAAUCUCUGGAACCAAGGCGCCGUGUCUUUUUUUUUUUUUUUGUGAUGCAUGAUAAUGAUUAACUCUUUCUGAGUUUGGCUUUGUUGUUUUGACAGGAUCAUCUACUUUCAAAAAAUCGCUCACGCCUGAGGUAAGUUUCUGAUGGACAGACUGGCCAAGAGAAUCACUUCUGAGGGAAGGCUCAAAAUGCCCAAUUUCAGACUUAAAUAAGAUUGCAGAGAGCAGACAAGUUAAGGGUAAGCCAGGCAGUGGUAAGUACAGUAAGUUGCAAAUAUUCAUUUGGGAAAUGAGAAGAUCUCUCCUUACGAAGAGAAUCUGCUCUUAAAAACCCAGCUUGGGACCGAGCAAUUCUUGUGCUACCAAAACACCAAAUAGGUAUCCUGCCAAGAGCAAGACAUUCGGGUUGUUUUGACUGAGAAACACCAGUUAACAACAGCAUGUGUUUAAACAGAAGAGAAUGAGUCAAGCAAGUUCUUGGGGCGUGAAUCAGAGCAGAAUUCGAAGCCUUCCUAAGCUGUUUCCUCAAAGAAUUAGCCUUACUGGCAAAAGCAGGGUGGCUGGCUGGGGUUGGGCCAAACUCCCUCAGAGCUGACGGGUUUGUGAUGAUGGUGAUUAUAAAACAAAACCAAAAAUUUCUUCCAUGGCUGAAAGCAGACCCCUCGGGGUGGGCCUCAGUCAGGCAGGAGUCAGUCGGCUCUCUGGAGACGUUCCAGCGCCGCUGCUGUUCCCACGGCGGGCCUGGAUGGGGCCUGGGCCUUCAGCAGGGAGCGUGCACAGCUUCCGUCUCUGAGAACAGGAAAACUAAGGACAGGCGGUUCUGGGCAGCCACAAGCCUCUAAGAGAUCGUAAACACUUCAUUCUCACCAUCUUUUACUCUAUUCCUAGAUGCCAGGUUCUUCGGGACAGCCAGGCUCACAGACAAUAAAAAAAGGGCACAGAGGAGUGGAUUCCACAGGCGAGACUACCUAUAAAAAGACAACAUCAUCUGCCUUGAAAGGUGCCAUUCAGCUGGGCAUUACACACACAGUUGGAAGCUUGAGCACCAAACCUGAAAGAGAUGUUCUCAUGCAAGAUUUCUACGUGGUAGAAAGUAUUUUCUUCCCAAGUGAAGGGAGCAACCUGACCCCGGCUCAUCACUACAAUGAUUUUCGGUUCAAAACCUAUGCUCCAGUGGCCUUUCGUUAUUUCCGGGAGCUGUUUGGGAUCCGACCUGAUGACUAUCUGUACUCGCUCUGUAGUGAGCCACUCAUCGAACUUUCUAACUCCGGGGCGAGCGGAUCCCUCUUCUACGUAUCCAGUGACGAUGAGUUUAUCAUCAAAACAGUUCAGCACAAAGAGGCUGAGUUCUUGCAGAAGCUGCUGCCUGGCUACUAUAUGAACUUGAACCAGAACCCAAGGACGCUGCUGCCAAAGUUUUAUGGCUUGUACUGUGUCCAAGCCGGGGGCAAAAACAUUCGGAUUGUUGUGAUGAACAACCUUCUGCCACGCUCUGUGAAAAUGCACCUGAAAUACGACCUGAAGGGCUCCACCUACAAACGUCGAGCGUCCCAGAAGGAACGGGAGAAGGUCUUCCCAACAUACAAGGACUUGGAUUUUAUGCAGGACAUCCCUGAUGGCCUCUUCUUAGAUUCAGACAUGUAUAACGCUCUGUGCAAAACGUUACAGAGAGACUGUUUGGUCCUGCAGAGUUUUAAAAUCAUGGAUUAUAGCUUGCUUGUGGCAAUCCAUAACAUUGAUCUGGCACAGAGAGAGCAUGCGUUGGCAGAUGGGACAUCUCAGACCGACACGCGGCGACCCGCUGCCCAGAAGGCCCUCUACUCUACAGCCAUGGAAUCCAUCCAAGGAGAGGCCCGGCGAGGUGGCACCAUAGAGACAGAUGACCAGAUGGGAGGCAUUCCAGCCCGUAACGCGAAGGGGGAGAGACUGCUCCUUUACAUUGGCAUCAUUGAUGUGCUGCAGUCCUACAGAUUUGUCAAGAAGCUAGAGCAUUCUUGGAAGGCCCUUGUACAUGAUGGGGACACUGUGUCUGUGCACAGACCCAGCUUCUAUGCCGAAAGAUUCCAACGGUUCAUGUGCAACACAGCAUUCAAGAAAAUACCAUUAAAGCCAUCCCCUUCUAAGAAGAGCCGGUCUGGCACCGCAGUUCCUCGUCGAAGCUGUCAAGGAGGAGUGCCUUUCCAGUCACAUAUGUCAUGUGAGACAAAAGCACAAGUAACAACGGAGGUGGAUGUAGAGCAAGGUUCCCACCUUGGUCGUCCAGAUCUCCUGCCCAGGACUCUGCCAGUAGAUGAAGCUAACAGCGAUUCCGUCGCAACAACCCUGUCCACUUCUUCCUUGGGCAGCGGAGGCCUCAACUCACCCGCAAACAGGUCAGUGGGCGUACAAGUGCAUAAAGCUGACAGCUCAGCAAAGGAUUUGACUAGAGCAGCUACCGGCAUCUUCUUGCCUAGUGGCUCCCCAGGGCCUUCAAUACCCGAGCACUCCUCAGAACUGAGGGAACAGUUCGAAGACCUGCAGGAGACGGAGAUAAGCUUUUGAGGCGACAUCGAGGCCGUUGCGAUGGAAGCAGAUGGUUCUGUGCUCUGUGUGGUCUGUGGAGUCUGACAAACGUUCAGCCCCCGUUGCUGACUUUUUUUUUUUUUUUUAAGAAAUUUUAUCUGGACUGAAACCUAAAAGCUGGAAGGCUGGGUUACACAUAGUGAGGUAGUGUUAUACGAGACUGGGCCAGCACAGCUGAGCCUCAGGAUGCCUGAAGUCUCCUUACUGCAGAGCGCAUCAGGUGCCACUGUGUCCCCACUGUCCUCCUUGCUUUUGAAGCCUGGCAGGAGCAAAGCAGGCUGUUGGGAGGAGGAGGAACUGCUCCGCAUAGGCUGAAGGCCUCUGGAAAAGGGAUCUGACUUUCAGGGAGUUACCUACUUGUGGUGCCAACACCACAAACCUUGCAAGAACAGGCGACUCUUCAGAGUUCUGGGGGGAAACGGGCAUUAGAAGCUCAGUGGGGCAGUUUGCGACAGAGCAGUGUGGUUUUAUUUUGUAUUUUAAACGAGUUUUUAAUUUAAAAGUUUCCUCGAAUUCAGUCAUAUCACUUCUUUUUAGUCCUGCAGUAUAGUCAUUCUUUUUUAAUGAAUAAGCUUCUCAGUAUUCCACCAGAAAAUACCCUAGGUGAGCGGCAGCGAGGGGUGCUGACCACAAGGAGCCCUCUCCCCGGUACCUGCUCCCGGUGGCAGUAGUCUCCUGAGACAGCGAGGUGGAGAGCAGGGGUGUUCUGUUGUGCUCCUUAGCUUGGAGGAUUUUGAAGAUGCAAAGCUUUUGAGAUGUCAGGGAGGUUUUGGAUUGCUUUGUCCCUUGUUUUUGAAAUGAGUGUCUUUGUCCCUGCCACAUUUCCUUCCCCACAAAGUAACUAAUGGAGGGAGAUCUUUGUAACGGGCACACUUUUUUUUAAAGCCUUCAGUAUUUCUUAAGCAAAUGGACCAAACCUAGCCUGCUCGGUUCCCUUCCCUGCCCUCCAGCCUGCUGUUACGUUCUGUUGUGGGCACCGCUGGCAAAACUUAGAGUUUUUAUAGCUUGGCUCCCUUUUGAUAUCUCAGCCUGCACCCUAGCCAGCCUUGCGGAACCGUGUUUGGCACUGAUGCUCUCGAUGGCUCAAGAUUGAGAUACCUACCUAAAUGGCUGCCUGCUGUGUGCGCUGAGACAGACAUCUGCCUCCACAGAAGUACGGUGCAUUUUGAGUCCCAUUUAAAGAAAAAAAAAAAAGCUGAAGGGAGGCAUGGUUCUGUUGUGGCCGUUCCCCCUGUGCAGGAGGCUGUGACGACGCCUCCCUGGCACGGGCUGCAGACACUUACUAGAGAUCUCAGAGAUGUUGGACUGAUCUUUAUUUUCACUAAAUGCUUUUUUAAGAAAUGAAGUGACUCUUCCCCAUGUUCCUGGUGGGUUAGAAUCCUCUGUUCUUUUUUAUAUAAAAAAAAAAGUAAUUUAAAGUUUGCCCUUGCAGCAGCGCAAGGGGUUUCUAUGCUAACUAGCAAUGAUUGCUAAGGAAACCAAGAAUGUAGUGGUGUAGAAGGGGAUGUUUUUAGUUGAUGUUUCAGAGCCAAGUCUCUUCCCACCUUCCACUUCAAGCUUUUAAUUAAAGUGGAUGUGAUGCAAGCUGAUAUUUUUUAAGAAAAAACUUCUUUUUAAAAUUUUUUUUGAAAGACCAAGUGGAAUGGCCUUACUCCGGGUGUUCCGGAUCCAGAGGGGUUUGCUGGAGUGUGAGAACAGCCUCUGUUCGGAAGCUGGCUGUUGGGUUCUCAAGGGCUCUCAAACCUCUCAACACCAAUCAUCGUCCCAGCGAGACCUGUGGGUGGGAGAAAAGAUCAGUUCUGGGACACCUCGGGUGGAUCUUCCUUUCUCCCUCCCUGUUACCUCUGACUCUACCCCGCAGGUUACACUUUAUAGCUGAAAUAACUGUCUAUAUUAGACACUGUUUCUUACCUUCCCUUCUAACUCAUUUUUUUUUUUUUACCAGGAGGGAAGAAAACUAAGUCUCAAUUUUUUCAUGAUUUAAUAUUUAUGAACUUGUAUUUAAGUGUUUUAUUUUUUUUUCUCCUGGGGAUAGUUAUUCAGUGAGUAGGGAGAUGGGGGUGGGGGGUGGCAUUUAUAUAUGGGAACUAUCAACCUCUGCUUUGUAAUGGGUUUUCAGAAUAACUGCUAUUGUUAUUUUUUUUGCGACAGAAAGUGGCAGGCAACUGCUUUUGUCUUUUAAAACCUCGCGUGGCUUUUCUCUGGUGGGGAAGGGGGCUUUGGGUCUUACAAGGGGGCAAGAGCAGGGAGCAGCUGGGACAACCGCCCAGGCCUCUGCCGCCACCACCUCCUGGUGCCAGCUGAUGGAUCCCAGGCUCUCCUGUCCUGCUCACCGUCGGUUCUGGCAUCGCCACUGGCACCGCUUUGCCACCCGCAUCCAGCUGCGAGGGCCUGGACCUGUCCCCAUGGAGCAGCUCGUGGCUUGUUGUGGACAUUGUCAUAUUACCCGUGUACCAUUUUGUUGUCAUCGGCUGUUUGUGGAUACCUACAGCCCUGCUGCCCUGCGCGGCAGCAAAAUACAGCGUGUGCUCCUGAA